AUGGUUCGAACCGGCGCGCUCCUGUUGUCUACACUGGUGUGUAUAGCUCAAGCUGCAACCGAACACUCGCUACCAACCGUUGACUUAGGGUAUGAGGUCCAUCGUGCUAUCUCAUACAAUGCAACAACUGAAACCUAUAAUUUUACGAACAUCCCAUACGCUGAACCUCCGUUGGGGUCACUGCGAUUCAACGCUCCUGUUCCACCCAAAGGUGUUAAAAGUGGCGUUCAGGAUGGCCAUGAGGGAAAGAUUUGUCCACAGCAGUCACCAGACUGGACUCUUAUUGCAACACAGUUUGUGACUGCAUGGGCGACGGGCCAGCUUCCGUUCAACCUAACCGAAGCUGAGAUUAAUCUAAAGAACACUCCCCAGCCACCGCCAGAUCCACGGACUACAGAAGAUUGUUUAGUCUUGGAUGUCGUAGUCCCAAAGGCUGUAUUUGAACGGAAAUCCAGUGGCAGAAAAGCCCCCGUGGUUGUAUGGAUUUAUGGAGGUGGAUACGUGAGCGGAUCCAAAGAAUCAUGGGGUAGCCCUAAUGAGAUUAUCUCUGCGUCUCAAGAAGAUGGCAGUGAUGGAAUCAUCUGGGUCGCCAUGAACUAUCGCCUCGGUGUGUUUGGCUUUCUUGCGGGCCCUUCGCUGCAGGCUAACGGCACAGCUAAUGCUGGACUGCAUGACCAACGUCUCGCCCUGCAAUGGGUUCAAGAAAAUAUCGCUAAAUUUGGUGGAGAUCCUGAAAAUGUCACAGUAAUGGGAGAAUCUGCUGGCGCAGGCUCAAUCAUGUACCAUCUUGUCUCUCGGGGAGGUCAGCCCGUGCCGUUCAAAAGAGCCAUAACGCAAUCCAUACCGCUGAGCAUAAUAACCGAUCCUUUGCAGCAAGAGAGCAACUUUCAGGAUUUUCUCUCGAUUUUGAAUGUUACUUCGCUACAAGAAGCCAGACAACUGCCUUCAAGCGUCCUCAUUGCCGCCAAUUCUAAGCAAAUCAGAGCUGCUCCUUAUGAUCAAUUUGCCUUCAAUCCUUCAGUUGACGGCGACUUGAUUCCUGGCCCACCAACUCAGCUUCUACUCGAAGGAUCAUUCACUCAAGGCAUUGAACUGUUAUCUUCACAUGCGAGUUGUGAAGGUGCUUUAUUUGUUAAUCCCCAAACUAUUGGCAAUGACAAAGCGUUAUUGCAAGAGUUUCAACGUCUUUUCCCACUUGUACCAAAGGAAAAGUUCAUUUUCAUGGUGGAAUCGCUUUAUCCGCCCAUUUAUGAUGGCUCUUAUCCCUAUACUUCCGAUGUUCAACGAGCUGUACUGAUGACAAAUGAGUUCUUUUUUGCUGCGGCUCAACAAACCCUGCUUCAAGAGACUAUCCACCAUGGUACUGCAGUUUAUGCCUAUGAAUUCGCAGUUCCUCCAGCUAUUCAUGGAAGCGACAUUCCAUAUACGUUUUAUGACGGCCCAACGCCGAAUGUGGAUGCCUCUGUUGCUACCACCAUCCAGCAUGCUAUUGCAGGAUUUGCAAAGAAUGGAAUGCCGGAUACAAGGCCAUUGAGCAUAGGAUCGUGGCCUCGCUAUGGGAGCAACGCGACAACGUUGAACUUGAAUGUCAACGCGUCAGUUGUAUAUUCAGACAUAACAUGGAACAACAGAACGAAAUCGUGGGCGGACACUUUGUAA